AUUAACAUCAGGUAUUAUUAUUAUUACUAUUAAUACUAUCAUGGUUUAUUGUUAUCGCCUAUUUCCGUAAUACCUUUUGACGUAAAGAAAUGUUUUAUUAUUUCAACAAUUUUAUAAUGAAAUGUAUAAUUCAAUUAAUGCAACUAACACGAAUGGUGCCCUUGAUCGGCCGGUACACUGUUCCAACGUCAUUUUCUCUAAAUCCAAUGGUCUGUGCGUUUAUUCGAAAGUGAUUAUCAUAAAUUUAGAGUCGUCGAAUUGUAAUAAUAAUUAUCAUAAAAUGAAAAGAAAAUAGACUGUUCGGCGUUCGUAUUGGACGAUUGAUAUUUUGUCAGUGUUCGUUUUUCAUAUUCGUUCUUAAGUAAUUCCUUUACAAUAAAACCCCAUUGCUCUACGGGUAUUUCUUUGUAUUUGUCCACAUGAGUAGCAGCGAUGUCCACGCAAGAAAAGUUUACGGCUGCUAUAAACGUCAUUAGGAGUUUACCAAAAAAUGGUGCAUACCAACCGUCCAAGGAUCUCCUGCUUCGUUUUUAUGCAUAUUUCAAACAAGCAACAAUAGGACCUAACAAUCAGCCCAAACCUAGUUUUUGGGAUGUUGUUAAUCGAGCAAAAUGGCAAGCUUGGUAUAAUUUAGGAGAUAUGUCAAAAGAGAAUGCAAUGCAAGAAUAUGUUGAUGAGUUAAAAAAGAUUGUAGAAACUAUGGCUUAUACAAAUCCUGUGGCUGAUUUUGUGUCUAGCUUGGAUUCAUUUUAUGAAUCAGUUUCCAUUGAUGACUUAGAAAUGGUAGUUGGUCCAAUUGAACGAGGCAAUUUAACAGAAAAAAAUAGUUGCAGUAUAAUUUCAAUAAAUGAGCAUCAAGAUAUAGCAGACACAGAAAUAGAUGAAGAAUGUUUCCAUGACGUAUUGGAAUCAAGUGGAGAGCGUUUGAUUAAUGUUCAAUCGGUUAAUCAAUAUUUAAGUUCCAGUGACUACAUUGAAGAUUUUGUAUCCGACAAUUGCAUUCCGAUAUCUCAACAAAAUGGAAAUAGUAUGAUACAGUUACAAUGUGCAAAUGACUUUUUAGAUGAAUUUAAAUUGCAAAUAAGAAAUACGGUAUCCACUAUGAAGUAUGAUCUGGACAUUAUAACAAAUAGAGUUGUUAAAAUAGAACUGAAAUUAGAUGAGAUUAAAAAAACAAGAGAACGAAAACAUUAUCAAGCUUUAUACUUUAAUUUAUUCCAGAUUGUAGUCCUACUUGGUUGGCCCAUUAUUGUUCAGCUAAUAUUCAAUUGGUUUAAAAGGCAAAAUAGACAAAAAGCCUUAAACGUAAAAACUUUGUGAUAUUAUAUUAGAAUUGAAAUUUUAUGUUUGAUCUAUUGUAUCAUUUUCAGCUUAAAAAUGAUAGAAGCUUAUUGAUACCUUUAAAAUAUUGUUGACAUUAAGUAGUUAUACUCUCUUGGGUAUAAAAAAAAUUUCCUUAUUAUUUUAGGACACAGAGAAUUGUUGAGAAUUUUACCAUAUUUUUUUACCUAUGUACUAACGUAAGCUUUACAUAUUUUAAGUACUUAUAAAAAAAAUAUAUUUUUACUAAUGCUCACUAUCACAUUUAAAUAAUUAUAGAUAUUAUUUAAUUUUUAUAAAAAUCUUAGAAAUAUUUUAAGUAUCAGUAAACCACAACAAUAUUAGUACAUGGAUUGGUAUAAUCUUAUGACUUGUAUUUUUUCUUGUUGUUCAACCAUAUUUUAUUCAAACAAUAUGAAUCGUUUACAAAUAACUAUUCUUGAAUUUUCAACUACUUUCUUUAAUAUUAAUAAGUAUAAAUCCAUAUAUUUUUUUUAUUUAAAAAAAAUAGUCUGUUUGCUCAAUAUUUUUUAUAGAAAAACUAAUGUUUUUAACUUUUUGAGUUUUAAUUUAUAUUCAUUAUUCAAUAUCAAAAAUUAUUCAAUAUCAUCUUUAUCAUAAUAAAGAUAAAAUAUAUGUAGUUUAAAUUAUAAUGGAAUAAAGUAUGAAGUAAAAAUAUUUUAAUAGAAAAAAGUGCCUCCAUACAAAUAUUUAUUUGAACUGAUAUUUAACCAUUAAAUUAAAUGUUUUUAUCGAAAGAAAAAUAAUAAAUUACUAAAUCUAAUAAUUAACCUAAAAUAUUGUUGUAUACAAUUUAUGAAGUAGAUAAAAAAAAGGUAUACCUAAUCCUUAUAAAUUAUUAUGUUUGAUAAAAUAUUUCUUAUUAAUUAUGCAUUUAGUUAUAAAACAAAGGUAAAUGCGUUAAUGCAUUUAUUAUUUAAUCAUACAUUUCAUUCACAAUGACAAUAUUCCAUAUAAUUACAAUUUAUAUAAAUCUGAUUAUAUAUUAACAUAACAUAUACUUUUGUUGGAACUUAAUGCCUACAUUGGCUCAAUUAUUAAUUAUGUACUUUAAAAUAUUACAUAGAUUUGUUGUUUCAUUGUUUUUAUUUUUCGUUGAAUUUUAAGUUUCUUAUAUUUAUAUUAUUAUUAUUUUUAUUUUUUUUAUUAUUAUUUUUUUUAUUAUUAUUAUUAUUAUUAUUAUUAUUAUUAUUAUUCACAAAAUAUAUAGAACUCUUUCGUUAUUUUAGUCACAUACAAAUGAGUUUAAUAUAUACAAUAUACAUCAUAUUCAGUCAACUUGAUCAUUUUAUAUUUUUAGAAAAUAACAACAUUAAUUUAAAAUAAAAUGUAUAUUGAUAUUAUCUAAUUAUUUGUAUAUGAUGUUGAACACCAGUUACAUAAUGUAUAGUAGUUAUACAAUUUAUUUUAUGUAGAUUUUAAAAUACUGAUUCAUAACUUGUAUAUUAAAAUACGGAUGAAUAAUUGGAAAAUAUUAAUGUGCAUUGUCCGACUGCGGUUGUGGUUUAUGUAAACUAUUUAUAAUUUAAUUUAAAAUCUCCUUCAUAAUAACUAGAAUUAUUGUUUUUUAUAUAAAUUUAUUGUUCUAAUAUACUCAAAUAUUUUUUUAGUAUGUAAUAUGUAUUUAUGUUUAGAGCGUAAUAUAUGAUGACUGAUCCAAUUAUAUAUAAAAAAAAAAAAAAACAAUUUCAACAAGUUGAUUUAGGUUUUAAGCAAAGAAAUUUUUUUUUUUAUUUUGUACUCAGUAUCUUAGGAGAUUUUAUCAUGUUAGUUUACUGUUAUAUAUGAACUAUUCUGUAAAAGUAUCUAGAUUUUUAUAGAUAGAUACUUAUGUUUGUGUGUACCUACAUCACAUAAUUUUAUUUUAUUUGUAAAACAUUAAAAUUUAAUUUAGUAUAUUUAUUUAUUAGUAUCAUUGUGGUAAUGGCAUAUAUGCCUGAAUCAAAACACACCAUCAAAACUUUACAAAAGCAAAAAUCUAUAAAGCAAAAUGUUUGUUUUACUCAAAUUUAAAUUAAUAGAAUAUUAUAAAAAUGUGUUUGAAAUAAAUAAUAAAUUUCACAUUAUUUUAAUGUGUGAAAUAAAAUUUUUUAUUAUUUUAUUUUUUGUUAUGUAAUAAAUAAUGUUCUUUUUAUUGUUUAUGGAGAAGGUUAUGACAUUGGUUAUUAAUUUAGAACUUUUAUGAUCAAUAAUGACGAUAUGUAUUUAAUAAAUAUUA